AUCCCCUCCUCCCAUCGCACCCCUCCUCCCCCCAUCUCCUCGCUGCCGCCACCGACGGCGCUCCCCUCGAUCCCUCCCACCACCGUCUCCCUCCCUCAGAUCGAGCUCCCCCUCCCCUCUCCCUCCCACCUCUCGAAGCUCCCGCGUCCCACCGCCGCUGCUGACUACCACGGCGCCGCCGCCUACCAUGCCGUCGCGGCCGGCCACGACGGCCAGUACCCGUACUACUCCUACGGCGGUGGCGCCGACGCCUUGUGCCGCUGUGGCAGGCCGGCGACGGCGGCCGUGCCCACCGAGGAGGGCUUCUUCCACGACAUCUUCGUCGCCCGUGCACGUCAGGAGCAGUCGAGGUCUAGGUCCAAGUCCACCAAGUCGUCGUCGGUGAUCAGCUCCGGCCGCUCCGCCUUCCGGUCGCCGGCCACCAGCAGUUUAUCGCAAGGCUGGAUUUGUUUGUGUUCGUGUCGAGAGAUCCGGCCAGGUUCUGGGCGCAAGGCUGGAUUUGGGGCCGGCCGGUGUCAUCUCGGUCCAUUGUUUUCGCCGCCGCCAAGCUGCCCGUAGCCGUCCUCGUGAAAAGAAAUUGUUGGUUCGUUCGUAGCAGUCUAGAGUCUGGAAAUGCAUCCCAAGGCUCGCAUCCACGCGGACCCAGCAGCUCCGGAGCUGGACCGGAUUGACUGCCUGCCGGACUCACUCCUCCUGCUUAUCCUCAACAAGUUGGAGGACGUGCACUCGCUCGGCCGCUGCGCCGCCGUGUCCAAGCGCUUCAACGACCUGGUCCCACUCGUCCACGACAUGUUCCACUUCUUGGUGGAGCAAUGUGCGCAUGCACCUGGCAGUUGCAUUCCCUUUGCUACUAAUCAUCGAUAUCAGGUACACCGCAGGACUCAACCGUACCGUACGCCGGGCGUUGUCAUGCUACUAACUGCCAGGCCACCGACGCUGGCGCCGACCCCGACCAGAGAUCCGCUACCGCCCAGGACCCCAAGCUGCUGGACGACUUCGAAGACGCCGAAGCCGACACCAAAGCAUCUUUCGUACAUUGAGCAACAACGGCGAAUUCGAGUGGAUGAUGGAAGGCCUCAGUUUGGGGCCAAGAAAAGGCGUGGACGAGGCCAUUUCGCAAGGCCGCCUGCAAAUUGCUGGACGCAACAUCAAUGUAGCUCUGAUCCAGAACCUGGUUCUUGGAUGCAACACACAUUGUCCUGGAUAGAUCAGGAUGUGGCUGAGGUGGCUGCUGUUGGGACCAUGAUUAGAAGAAGGCUGGAGAUGUGCACAAUAGUUUUAGUUGAUGUUGCCACCAUAUUUUCGUGCAUGUGUAUUUCUUUUUGAUUGUAUGCAAACUUGAUGGAUCAUGCAAACAUGUAUGUGCUGUUGUGAGUUUCAUUGAGUGAUUUUUGGAUUUGAUCAUUUAAUUGAGAGAAUUAUUGAUUGUUUGCUGUUGAAA